UCGUGCUGUGCGAUAUUACCAGACUCUCGCACUCUCAGUUGUUUCCGUACGUUCGCGUCAGUCGUGAGGUUCAUUCUCGAUCGAAGUGAUCCGUUGUGAGAGGCGUCUCCGCGUUUAGAGUCGGGAAUAAUCAGGGACAAGAGUCCGCGGUAAAAGGAAGAAAACUACGAAAGCUCGCUCGCAGUUAUGGCACGUACCAAGCAGACUGCUCGUAAGUCAACCGGUGGAAAGGCGCCCAGGAAGCAGCUCGCCACCAAAGCUGCGCGUAAAAGCGCGCCGUCCACUGGAGGCGUCAAGAAGCCUCAUCGUUACAGGCCUGGUACUGUAGCUCUUCGAGAAAUCCGAAGAUAUCAGAAAUCGACUGAGUUGCUCAUCAGGAAGUUGCCGUUCCAGCGUCUGGUUCGUGAAAUUGCCCAGGAUUUCAAGACCGAUUUGCGUUUCCAGAGCGCCGCGAUAGGCGCCCUCCAGGAAGCGUCGGAAGCUUACCUGGUCGGCCUGUUCGAAGACACGAAUUUGUGCGCCAUUCACGCCAAACGUGUCACGAUCAUGCCAAAAGACAUCCAGCUAGCGCGGCGAAUUCGCGGUGAACGCGCUUAAACAUCUAUCGUUCGUGAAUACACCAAGCGUUCUAAUCUUAUUACUACUACUAUUAUUAUUUGGACAUUGUAUGUUUCUGAACAAUCUAAAAUUUUCUUGACUCUCUUCCGUGUAUAUUUAUCAUAGUUAAUACACUGCCAACCACUGUAAUGGACGCCAGGAAAAGACACGAGGAAUAACAUGAGUCAUCUCAUUAGAUUACCUAAGAUUCAAUGAGACACGAUUAUAUGAGAUUCAUACAAUGAUAAGAAAUCUAAAGAUUAAAAAAGGAUCUAAGGAUUAAAGAAAGUGACGAUUUGAUUUUCAAUGUAGAAAUAAAAUUAUCACAGAAACGGCUAUUUUUAGUUUUUUUUUAUACUUGGAUAUAUUGCACGAAUUAAUCUCACAGCAAUAUAUUACAGAUUUUAUAUAUCUUUCAUAGAACGCCCAGGUAUUAGCUUUAGCGCUUUAUUUUAGAUUGUUAAUCACCAUUAGUCAUCUUGCUUCAUAAAAGUUCACACUGUAUUGUUUUAAACACUCUCUUUAAGUACAAAAUUUUUAUUAAUUCGAGUUUCUAGCCACCUUUCCUAUAAAGAAAUAUAUCUACAUUCACAGGAUAAUAGACAGAAGAUAGUUGAUUAGUUGUUUAUUGGUAAUAAUAUUACACGAUACAAUAGUUCGAUUUGCAUUUAGUCUUCACAUGUUAGAAUUUUAAAAAUCUACCUGUAGUGGAUAUAUCACGGAUAUAUAUAAAUAUAUUGUAAGCUUAGAGAGUAAGUGUUUCAUGUAAAAGAGAGGCAAAGGAGAGUCGUAAGUCGAUUGAUCAAUCGCGUUAUGAGCAGAUGCAGUCUUUACAGAGCAAAGUUGCGUUCACGCGUAAUGCGAUUGAUCAAUCAAUUAAAACGUGUCUGUAUUCAUUAAUAAAUACAUAUACAACACAUAUUGAAAAUGCGGUAAGUAAGCUGCGAUUGACAUUACGUCAAGUUAUACCUUUGUUUGGUAGGAUGCUUGAAAAAUACUUGUUAUAAAAUAAAUAACAGUAUAUUUUGUUUCGUCUUUUUGACUAAUUUGGUUCAAAUUAAUAUCGUUUGAUGGUCAUCCUUCGGAGUUCUCAGAUGCAGCUCUCUUGCCGAAUUCACAAUUAUUAUAGGUUGUAAUUAUCUUAACAAUUAUAUAAAUACUAACCAAAUGAUUGUAACGAAACUAUAACAAAAUACAUUUUCUAAUGGAUGUAA